AGCAGCCAGAGAGCCAAGCCCCUGGAUGUUUUACUAUACAUGCUAGGUGUGACGUCACCAAAAUAUUAUCAUUCAGGUGCAUUGUGGGGCGGCAAAGUCCUCCAGCAGGUAAAGUAAAGGUGAAAACAACUAAAUAAACCUGACCAGUAACACUUAAACAAUAUAGUAAUUUAAAAUUUACAUUUGGAAAUAAGCAAGAAGCUUGGUAUAAUUUACUUAAAUAAAACAUAAUUAUCUCAGUUUUGUUGUCUACAUAUUUGAUAUUAUACCAGCUAUUUAAAUGUAAUGCAAUUUAAAUGUUUGUGUCCAUUUCAGAACUGACAGUUUUACUGUAAUUCGGAAUUUAAUAAUUCUGUGACUUUGAUUUGUUCAGAAAAUUUGCUUUUUAGAAUAGAAUAAAAUAGAAUAGAAUAGAAUAGAAUAGGAAAAAAAAUAUUGUCAUUAUACUUCUAUAAAGAGAUUCAGGUAUGGUUCUCUUCAUGUGGAGGGUCAAUAUAGAAAUAGAUAGAAAAAAGACACCUUACGUUACAAAGAAAUGUAAAAAAAAUCAGACAAACGUGUAAGAUCACACAAGAAUGUGCAAGUGCCAGGUAAAAUUUGCAUUCAGUACUGUCACAAGUCUGCUUUGUAUCAUUUUAACUAAUUAUUCAGACUGUUUAAACUCACAACUAAAUUCCUUUUAGCAUGGCCAGUAGUCUUUUACUUUUUAUUUUUGAACAUAUGAAAUUAAAAAUAUAUAUAUAUAAAAAAUAUAAUAAAAUGAGGUAUAACGAGGAAUGUUAAUUGAUGCAAACUAUGUUUACAGAGUUACAAGAAUUUAGCACGAACACUGAAAACAACCAAUUCUGGUUAAGGGGCAAAAAAAAAAACAAGAAUUCACAAGAUUUUAUGUUUUUUUUUUUUUAUCAUCUAUUCUUAUUUUUCUGAUGUUCUGUUUGUGAAACAAUGUUACUAUAAAGAAAUAUUCCUGUAUUCUAAUUGCAAGAAUCUCAGGAAUCUAGAUUAACUUAAUCUGAAUGUGUCCUCAUUUCUUCUAUUCGAAAGAUUAAAGUAAAAAAACAAAACAGCUGAUCACUUCUGUACAUCUACUGUUGUGUUUUACUGCAAGAUUUAACACAUAAUUUGAUCAUUUUCCUAUCUGAUAAAAAGAUUUUUCUGAUUCAGUGACUUUUAGGGUAAAGUGUCUGGGAGUUUAUAUGUCUGGAGCUUUAAAAAGAGCAACAUUUGUAUCCAGUAGCUCUUCUUCUGGGUCUCUGGGACACAAACAAUAACCGCUGCUGUUUGUUCUUGCUUACGUGGGGUUUCAGCCUCCAGUGAGUCGGAGCAGGACCCAGCCAGUAUCUGUUGUCCAGGAACACCACUCCGGCACAGAGGCGCAUUGUCCACAGCUUUUUUAAUUAAAGACCCCUGGUCCACACUCUGCGCCAGGUGAUCCGAGCCGCUUCAAGCCGGCAUGUAUCUACCCCAAUCCUCUCCAUGGGGUUUAAGUCUCAGCGGAUAAUUGAAUAGGGAAACACUAUACAGCGAUCAUGGGAUGGAGGAAGGAUUAUCUAAUGAGGGCUUUGACUUAAGAGUAAUAUGAAUAAUGGGAUUUUUUUCCCUCUCUCUCUCUACAGUCUGCCUGUCUGACUCCCCUCACUUAAGUGAAAGAGGGAGGUGGGGAUGAAUUCCUCCUUUUCCUGAUAUCUGCUAAAUUACAGAAUCAGUAGCGAGCAGGUUUCCAAUCAGAGCCGACAUGGAGCUUGCAGAGAGAAGAAUGAAGGUGAUUUUUCUGCUUUUUCUGCCUCUGCUGAGCAUCAGCUGUGCCACCGCUAAAAAAUCUACAGUCUCCUGGUGUGUGGUGUCCGAUGCUGAGGAGCAGAAGUGUCUGGAUUUGGCCAGCAACGCUACGGCCAAGAAUGUGAAAGGGACACUGGAGUGUGUCCGUGGGCUGAACGCUAGAGACUGCAUGGACAAGAUCAAGAAUGGGACAGCAGAUGCGGCCUCCAUGUUUGCUGAUGACGUCUAUGCGGCGGGUUUCUGCUUUGGCCUGGACCUCGCUGCGGGAGAGUCCUACAAUGCAGUGGAUGGGAUCAACUACUAUGUGGUGGCGAUGGCCCGCCGCUCCUCCUCAGACCUGUCCUUGCUGGAGAUGCACGAGCGCAGCUCCUGUCACCCCGGCAUGCGCACCACGGUGGGCUGGACCGUUCCCAUCGGCUACUUGGUCAACACGUCCCAAAUCAGUGUGGGGGAGCAGUGCAACUUCCCCAAAGCGGUGGGGAACUUCUUCGGUUACAGCUGCGUGCCCGGUGUUAGGGAUCCUCAGCACGAUCCCAGCGGAAUCAACCCAAAGAACCUUUGUGAGGCCUGCAUAGGAGACGAGAACGACAGACACAUCUGCGCCAACAACCACAGAGAGAGGCAUUAUGGGGAGGCGGGGGCGCUGAGGUGUGUUGCUGAAAACCUCGGGGAUGUUGCUUUUGUCAAACACACAACAGUCUUUGACAACUUAGAUGGUAAGAACCAGGAGUCCUGGGCUCUGGAUCUGGAGGUGGAGGACCUCAAGCUGCUGUGUCCAGAUGGAACCGAGGCGGCUCUGAAUGAGUAUGAGCAAUGCCACCUGGCAGCGGUCCCGGCCAACGCUGUUGUGGUGCGCGUGGAGGAUAAGUGUCGUGUCUGGAAGUUCCUGGAGCGUUUGCAGAAUGUGUUCGGGAAUGCCGCGGAGGGCUUCAGCCUGUUCAGCUCAGCAGACUACGGCCAAGCGGAUCUGCUCUUCAGCGAUGCCACCCACCACCUGCUGAGAGUUCUGGGAAGCUACACCUCCUGGCUGGGCCCCACUUACACCACCAUGCUGCAAGCCUUCGAGUGUGAGGGCUUCUGCUGAUGGAGGAGGCGGAAGACACGCAGCCCAUCAACCUCCACCUCAUCCUGCCGUCUCCGUCCUCUCCCUCCCUGCCAUCUGCGCCUCACUGUCCUCCUUUUUUUUUGCUUUCUCUUUGCGCAUUUUGCCACCCGGGCCUCUAUCAUUACCGCCUCCCGCUAACUUAGAUUGUCCUCUAACUGGCUGGCUGGCAGGGCAGGACAAUGCCACCAGGGGCUAAUCAGCGAUUAAAAUGUCCAUGAAAUUGAACUCUAUAUUUUCAUGAAAAGACACUGGAAACGAGGGGCUAGAAAUUUUCACGUAAUAGGAUAAAAAUGCAUGACACUAGAGUAGACGUAAUUACUUUUUGUGGUUCUAGCGCUGCCGGCAGAUUAAAUCUCUUAUCUGGCUUUUGAACCUCCUUCAUUCUGUCUCCAAAAAUUGAAAUAACGUGCACUAAAUCAGUCCUGUUAAUUGUUCCUGCCCUGUAUGUUUGUAAGGAAAUGACAUCCUGCUUAAGCUUAACCCUCACCCCUCCUUCCAACAGGGUCCGACUCUGGCACUGAACAACCUGGUGCUAUUAGGUUUGAGCAGAGGAGUCUCAGUUACUGUACGUGUGUGUGUGUGUGUGUGUGUGUGUAAAUAAGUGCUUUCCCACAGCCUUCAUUGCCAUAAUUGGCAGUCUGGCCUGUUAUGCUGUUUAUGUGCAGCAGAGGAUAACUGUGUGUGUGUGUUUGUGCGGUUAUACCACUUUCCCAUGGCUUGUACGGCUCUCUGUUUUGGAUCACUGCUUUCCCGCGUCUGUUGAGUUGGAGCAAACGUUGGUGUAACACUAUACGUCCAGGAGAAAAAAGGUCGCAGAGACUUGGUGAUCCUGAGAACUUUCAUUUUACCAGAAUGUUUCUGUGGUUGCGGUGCAGUAACUGUGUUUUUCAAACAAGCUGGAUGAAGUUCUCCUCAUCGAGUUUUGAAAAAACAAAAAAACAACAACUUAUGUCACAGCAGAUAGAGUUGUGAGCAUUUGCAGGACUUGAGAGUAAAACCUACAUACAACGCUGGUGUAAAUAGACGGUCCUCCCUGAAUGUGUAGAGCUGCAAACCUUCUCUUUUUUUCAAAAGAAUGACAAUAAAAUGAUAAUAUUCUCUUCCA